GCUUUUUCUCUACCAGCCACCAAAUCCAUCUUUGGUUUCUUCUCCGCAUGAAGCAUGAACAGAUGAACUCCGUUCUUUUCUUCAUAUUAGCACUACUUCCUCUCCUCUGUUAUGUCAUUAGCAUCAUCCACUCUCCUUUAUUCCCCACUCAAAAUUCCGAUCAUCGGGAGAAACUCGAAGCCCUUCUGAUUCCGGGCGCAAUAGGACCGGAAAGUAUUGCGUUCGACUUACUCGGUGAUGGUCCCUAUGUUGGGAUAUCAGAUGGCCGGAUCAUCAAGUGGAGCCACCAUAAACGGCAGUGGACUAAUUUUUCCACCACUUCCCACCACAGGUACUCAAGCCUCUUGCUUUUUGUCUCAUUCAGCAACAUCAAUUCCAAUCCAUGUCUGACUGAACUUGUUUUAGAAGACUAAACACCUACUGCAGCAGUUUCUGAAUCCUUUUCAAUGUUUUAGCUUAGAAUUCAAAAAUAUGUUGUGCAGUCUGUCUGCCACCAUCUAAUGGCUUUUGCAGUUUUUUUUUUUUUUUUAAAAAAAUUGUUUCUAAACU